AUGCGGUCUAACGGGGGAGCGGCGCCAUCAGAGGCGGCGUACUACAUCUCUGUGACACAAGACGUUUUGAACAAGUUAGACACCUUGCUGCUGCAGAUCGACAGAUUGGAGACCCAGCAUAGUGCGGAGUCCAGGGACGCGCUCGAGACGAAGAUGAUUAGGGUGCUGCAGGACCGUCUUCCCCGGUUAAUACAGCAGUUAUGGCAGGAGAUUUGUCUGGUUUUGACACCUUUUGCAUCCUCGCAAGGCGGGGAGUGUAUAUCGCGCGAAGAAAUUUGGGAUGAACUGGCCUAUCAGUGCGCCCAGCUUUCCUUUUUCAAGUCUAUUUACCGCUUUGCCACCGCAGUGCUCUCUGGAGAGGCACUGGAAGGUGCGAGUGACACCCCCACGAAGUGCCGCUGCCUUGAGCGGCUUCUGAAGGAACGACAACACAUUUGGGCGUCAGCGGAGGGUCAACUCAUACGUGAGUGGUUGCGUGGCUUUGUGAAAAAAGUGCUUUUCGCCGCGGCAAGUCCUGCGGAGACCGAAGGCGUAAGCCUGUAUCAGUUAGGAGAAAGUGUUGCUCUGCGUCAAGACGCCCCAUGGAAGCUUAAGCCAGAAGGACUACGAGAAACUCCCCAGGAAAUUGGCGCCCACCCGGUAUUUGUGGUGCCGGACGGAGAUGCGAUUGAUGUGGAGCGAAUGCGACAAGAGUUUCUGAGGCUCUUGCGAGCAGCCUGCCUUGAUGUGGGGGAGGAACUCCUCUCCCUUGUAAGGCAGAAGGGUCUCUCGCAGCCAACUUUUCCGACUGAAACUCAUCUGUGGGUUGGCACCGACACAAGCGGAGACGAGAAAAAAAUGGAAACAGCUGCUCCUUGCCAUGAUAAUGCCGGAGUGGGGCCGUUGGCGCCCGCUGCUCUGAUAGCGGGCAACGACCGGUGGGUGUUCUUCCGUACCCGCCCAAACGACGAUCCGGCACUCACCGUUGAUGAAGUUGCUGGCCAAGUUCGUGCUUUUUACGAAAUCUACAAUGCCGCCAAGGCUCCUCUGGCAUCUGUGCUUGCUGAGGGUUACGGCGACGAUUAUGCAGACCUUUUUGAUUCCUUGGAGUUCCGCUACUUAAUUCCUAAAACAUCAAUUCUGUCGGUGGCACAAGAGCUCGCGCCUGGCGUGUCCGACACUCCACCAACUGAAACGAGCGUUCAUGUGCAUGAAGAGACGGCAGUGGUGGCAGACGAGGAAAGUGGUGUCCCUGCCAGUACUUGUCUGCUCAUGUGA